CGUCUUUUUUAUCAUCUGUGGUUCGAUUCAGCAUUGUCAAUAAAUGAAAAAAUCUACCGGCAAAAAUAAACAAAAUUUACACGCAAAGUCACGAAACCCACAACUUCUAAUAGGAUAUCUAGAUUUAGCGUGUUCUGUUACAACUCUAAGAGUUAUUUUUUCACAAAAUGACCUCAAAAAAGCCCAAAACCGAGUUGGUGGCUAUUUGUAAACUUGAAUUUUACAGGAAACAGAAAAACUGGAAGUUUUGCUCCCAGAAACGUGAAGCGAAGGAUUCUAAUAAGAAACGUAGUAAAAGUACCAAUGCAAAACUGAACCAGACCUACAACAUUGCACCGGCACCGAAGAAGCCAGAAGCGGAACCAGUCCCAGCAGCACCAGAACCUGCAGAGCCCGAGGAACAGCAGAACCUGAAUGAAGCGUUUGUGGAGGCGGAGACUGGGACAGCCUCGGAGUCGGACGAGCCCCCGGUGGAGGGGCAGGAUAUCUUGAAAGAUGUCCUUAAAACUGAGACAGGAAAGCCUUCAUCUCAAUCGGAGCCCCCCUGGAGCCCCUAUUCGCCACGCUGGUCCAUCCAACGCUGGGCGGAGCGCCACCGCCUCUGGAACACUGAACCUACCCAACCCCAUAGAGGGCACAAUGAGGCAUUUGUGCCCCAGAAUGAUGAGAUGAAUGUGGGGAAGGAGUGGGAUGACCGGGAGUGGUGCGCGGGGGAGGGCGCGGCGUGGAGCGAGCCGGGGUGGCUGGCAGAGGCGGCGGCGCUGGGUGUGUGCGGUGGUGUGGGAGGGGGUGUGUGCCGGGGAGGGGGAGGAGGGGGCGGGCCGGGCGGGGAGGACGCCGUGGACGGGGACUGGCGGCGCGACCUGAGCUCGGUGUCUCGCUGCGACAGCCUGCCUUCGGUGGCGAGCAGCGAAUUCAUUCGCGGCGCCGCGCUCGCCCCGCAUUCUACACAGAUCGACCUGUUGCUCGGCCCAGAACCAGCGACCGCAUUAACAGGCCCCGCGCUGGCCGCGGCUGUGGCUCGACACACUGCUGCCCUCCGCGAGCUACUGCACGAGGCACAACGCCGGCAACAGAUACCUUCAAAGGAAGCGCCGACCUACGACGAAAUCCCGGUCCGCGACCCCGGGCCCACCCAGUACCACCUUCCCCUGCGCUUCAACGACCCCAUCGUGGCCGGCUCGUACCGGACCACCCCGGACUUGCAGGGGCAGACGGGGCAAGCUGGACAGAUCUGCGACCCCGGACCCACCCAGUACCACCUUCCCCUGCGCUUCAACGACCCCAUCGUGGCCGGCUCGUACCGGACCACCCCGGACUUGCAGGGGCAGACGGGGCAAGCUAGACAGAUCCGGGACCCUGGGCCCUCGCAGUAUCACCUUCCCCUGCGCUACAACGACCCCAUCGUGGCCGGCUCGUACCGGACCACCCCGGACUUGCAGGGGCAGACGGGGCAAGCUGGACAGAUCCGCGACCCCGGACCCACCCAGUACCACCUUCCCCUACGCUACAACGACCCCAUCGUGGCCGGCUCGUACCGGAACACCCCGGACUUGCAGGGGCAGACGGGGCAAGCUGGACAGGUCCGCGACCCCGGGCCCACCCAGUACCACCUUCCCCUGAGCUACAACGACCCCAUCGUGGCCGGCUCGUACCGGACCACCCCGGACUUGCAGGGGCAGACGGGGCAAGCUGGACAGAUCCGCGACCCCGGGCCCACCCAGUACCACAUUCCCCUGCGCUACAACGACCCCAUCGUGGCCGGCUCGUACCGGACCACCCCGGACUUGCAGGGGCAGACGGGGCAAGCUGGACAGAUCCGGGACCCUGGGCCCUCGCAGUAUCACCUUCCCCUGCGCUACAACGACCCCAUCGUGGCCAGCUCGUACCGGAACACCCCGGACUUGCAGGGGCAGACGGGGCAAGCUGGACAGGUAACAUGUUGCACCACAGAUCCGCGACCCUGGGCCCUCGCAGUAUCACCUUCCCCUGCGCUACAACGACCCCAUCGUGGCCGGCUCGUGCCGGAACACCCCGGACUUGCAGGGGCAGACGGGGCAAGCUGGACAGGUAACAUGUUGCACCACAGAUCCGCGACCCUGGGCCCUCGCAGUAUCACCUUCCCCUGCGCUUCAACGACCCCAUCGUGGCCGGCUCGUACCGGAACACCCCGGACUUGCAGGGGCAGACGGGGCAAGCUGGACAGGUAA